GAAUAUUGUUCAGUACCGUACCGUAUCGUUUAGCGCCUGUACCGUACAGUGAUUGACCGCUAGCGACAUCUAUUAGUUGGAUUGGGUUGUGCGGAUUGUGGCCGCUGCCGACUGUGGCUCUGUUAGCUGCGACUUUGGUAUGUGGCGCGCGGUGAUUGGCCUUGACCCCGAGCAGCUGUGCCACGCCCGCGCACAGACAGCUGUUUUCGGUUUUGUGUGGCAUUGUGGCUUUUUCUGUUGGCACGGUUGGAGGCGUUUCCCCAAUACAGUGCAUCGGAUUUUUGAUUCUGCUUGGUCUUCUUCGCCUGCUACGGCCCGGCCCGACCCUGCGAUUCAGCGGUCGACUUUAUUCGGAAACAUUGGUGCCGAAACUGUCGGGAUGGCGGAGGAGAGGAGCAGAAUAGCGGCUAAGGGCUGGCUGACCCGCGCUGGGUCCAAGAUGGAGGCGUUGUUAUGCCGAGAAGACGCGGGUUCCGACGAGUGGCGUUUGGAGGCGCAGAUCGUGGAAUCUGAAUUCCUGAAGCGGCUCGAUGCGUUUGAUGCUGCUCAGGCCGCGUUUGAAGCCAGCCUGAACGACGAGGAAGAGCUCAUGAAAGAUAUCGAGCGGAGUGCAGCGUUCCGUGACACCUUCACCGGUCUGCGCGCUCGCUUCCGUAAGGCUCUGACGGCUGAUCAGGAGCCGGCUCUCAGCUCGUCCUCACAUGCACAGGCAAUGAAGCUCCCCAAGUUAUCACUGCCGACCUUUGAUGGUGAUGUGAGGGGCUGGCCUAUGUUUUGGGAAUCAUUCUGUGCUUGUGUGGAUCAAGCUGAACUUCCUGACGUGUCUAAGUUUUCUUACCUUCGGUCACUACUGAAGGGGGAGGCCUUGAAGGCUAUCAGUGGCUUGGUGCUCACUGGCUCAAGCUACAAGGCGGCCUGUGACAUCCUCCGUCAGAGGUAUGGCCGCCCAGAGAGACUCGUCUUUCUUCACAUUGAGGCGUUGCUGAAUGUGAGCCUGAACCAAUGUGAUCUGCAACGUCUGCAGGAUGAACUGAUGUCCCACAUCAGAAGUUUGGAGGGCCUUGGUGUUGAAGGGGAGAAGUUCGGAGUAUUCCUCACCCCCUUGGUGCUCUCUAAGCUCCCUGAAGAGGUCCGACUGGAGUGGGCAAGAGGUUCGGAGGGAAGAGAGAGUGAUCUGGAGUACCUCCUCCAGUUCCUUGCCUCGGAGAUUCAGAGGAGGGAGCGCUCUGGCAACUACUGCCACCUGGAGCGGGUGGAUCACUCUGCUGCUGCUGCUCCUGCUGAGGGUGGCCGCCGAUCGUCUUCUGGACAGCCUGGUGGUCGGCUGGGUGGCCGCCCUGCUCGGGCUCCCGGCCGCCUCAGGCAGUUCACUGGGAAGCCGCCACCUGCUGGUUCUACAGCUGCUGCUCUGCAGGCCUCAUCUGAGACCACCUGUGGCUUCUGUCAGGGACCUCACCUAUCAGAGGAUUGAGGCAGUGCGCGUACCAGUGAUAUGCGCACCUCUGAGACGCCCUGUUGUGCCAGCUCAGCUCCUGAGUGCCUUCUCACACCUGCCGCUAGCUGAUACGUACUCAGACGACCAGGACCAGCAGAUACGAGUAGACAUCCUGGUGGGACAGGACCAGUACUGGGAUCUGGUGAGAGCUGGCCUGUUCCGCAGUCCGGAUGGCCUGGUAGCUCAGGAGACUGUCUUUGGGUGGGUGUUGUCUGGCAGGGCUGAGGGUCCUAACCUAACCUAACCUAACCUAACCUAACCUAACCUAACCUAACCUAACCUAACCUAACCUAACCUAACCUAACCUAACCUAACCUAACCUAACCUAACCUAACCUAACCUAACCUAACCCACUCUUCAAACCAUUCCUGUCAUCAAACUCUCGUAACCUUACCAUUCACAAACUUCCUCCUUCCCUCCCUUCACAAACAUCAAUUUACCGGUAAGUUUCACUGUCAUUUAUGUGUCUUAACGUAAAUUCAUGGGUUUUUUCCCAUAUUCAUGGCAUAGUACAUGGAUAUGGGUUUUCCCAUGUUGUCUUGCUGUAAAAGUGGCCACCGGUCUUAGUUAGGACGGCCGGUUUGUUUUGCGCGGCGUAGUUAGGUCGCCGCCCUCCUCGCGAGGCCGGUAACGUAAGUUAGGGCCACUAAAAAAAAAAAAAAAAAAAAAAAAAAAAUAGAUGGGAACCCCCUGCUGAGGGAGAGAUAUGAUUGUGCCUUGAGGGAAAUGGAGACCUCUGGUGUGAUUUGUGAGGUCCCAACUGAGGAGAUGUGCUCUGAAUUCCCAGUCUAUUACAUGCCACAUCGCCCAGUGGUGAAAGAGACUAGUAGGGGGAUGAAAGUGCGCCCUGUCUUUGAUGCAUCUGCCCGAGGCUACAAUGGUUUGUCAUUGAAUGACUGCGUGGAGCUAGGGCCGGCGUUGAUUCCCAGUCUGCCGGAGGUUCUCCUGCGGUUCAGGAGAUGGCGAUUCGGCUUCUCCGCCGACAUCGUCAAGGCUUUUUUGCAAGUCAGGCUUGCACGUGAGGACCAGGACGUGCACAGGUUCUUAUGGCUCUGUGAGGGCAGAGUUAGGGUGAUGCGCUUCCAGCGCGUGACGUUUGGUGUUGCUUGCAGUCCCUUUUUGCUUAAUGCAACUGUUCAACACCAUCUGUCCCAGUAUGGUGAUGAGCCUGUGGUGCAGGAGAUGAAAGAGAACUUCUACAUGGACGACCUGCUUUCAGGAGCGGACUCGGAGGCAGAGGUUGUAGCCAUGUUCAGGGAAGCGCGCUCCAUCAUGGGAGCUGCUGGGAUGGAGCUGUCAAAGUGUUCGUCCAACUCUGCUGUUCUCUUCGGUGAGCUCGAAGGUGGCUCAGUCAGUGACAGCGUGAAGGUGCUUGGUGUGACUUGGUGGCCCGACGACGACACUUUCUCCUUUGUAGGUCAACUCCUCCCUGAUGAUGUUGUCCCAACGAAACGUGUCCUGCUUAGUCUGAUUGCUAGACUGUUUGACCCUCUCGGGUUCCUGACUCCGUUCACAAUGCUCGCUAAAUGCCUUUUCCAGGACCUGUGGGAGCAGGGUUCUGGGUGGGACGAGCCGCUUCGGGGCGGCGAUGCUGAGUUGUUCAGGAGCUGGGUGGACGGUCUUCAGCUGCUGCAGCGGCACCGGAUCCCACGCUGCUACUCAGCUGGCGGUGGACCUGACUGGUCCUCUGAUGCACGUAAGGAGUUGCACGUUUUCGCUGACGCGUCGCCUAAGGGCUAUGGGGCAGUGGUGUACAUUCGCCUCUCACUGCCUGAUGGGUCCAGUUCUGUGUCAAUGGUGAUGUCAAAGGCCAGAGUGGCUCCUCUGAAGAGGCAGACGUUACCUCGGCUGGAGCUGAUGGCUUGCCUGAUGGCCAGUCAGCUGGUUGAGUUGGUGCGAAAGGCUCUGCGUUUGCCUGACGGUGCCUUGUGUACAUGCUGGUCUGACUCGAUGAUCGCCCUCGGAUGGCUGACAGGUGAUCCUCGGAGGUGGAAGCCCUUCGUGGCCAGCCGAGUGCGCCAGAUCCAGUCUCUGACGCCUGUGGCGUGCUGGCGUCAUUGCAGCUCAUCCGACAACCCCGCAGACCUGCUGACGCGUGGCAUGUUGGCCGAUGAUUUGCUCGUGUCUCGGCUGUGGCGCUCUGGUCCUGACUGGCUUCGUGUAGCCGCCCAGCCGCUCCAGGUCAGCGACGGGACGGCGUCCUGGGUGGACGCCUCGGAAUCGGCGCAGCUUCUGAUCCGAGAAGAGAUGGUGGCUGUUUCUGGUGAGCCGGCGCGUGAGGUCGGUGACCUCCGCGGCGUCCUGUGUGACGCGAGAGUGCAAACAGUCCUUUCGGAGGAUGCUGCUGCACCAUGUGCCCCCACUGAUGUCGGAGAGGGGAAGUUGCUGUGUUCUGACGACGCAGUGGCGGCUGAUGGGGCACCAGAUCCGCGGGUGAGCCCGCCACCUGACGGAGGAGUCGGUGCGGCGGCGCCGCCCCGUGCCGAUGGUCCAAGUGACCGUGCUUCUGUCCAGACGAGGUUGUUAGACCUCGACAGAUUUGGAUCACUGAACAAGGCCACCCGAGUGAUGGGUUGGGUUCAGAGAUUUGUCCGGAACGCUCGUGGUGUGAACCGCUGCAGCGAGCAAGACCUGACGUGUGCUGAGAUGACUGAUGCGCGGAACGCUCUGUUUCGCCUUGUACAGGUUGAGAGUUUUCAUGCUGAGAUGACAGCUCUGAGGAUGGGUGGUAGAGUUCCAGCCAGCUCGCCACUUCACAGGCUCUCGCCCUUCUUGUCUGAUGGUCUGCUGCGUGUUCAAGGGCGACUCCAGUUUAGUCAGCUAUCUUAUGAGGAAAAGCAUCCUAUUAUUUUGCCCAAGGGGCACUUGUCGUACUUGCUCGUUCGUGAGCAGCACCACCUCAUGCAUCAUGCUGGUGUAGCCACCCUGCUGACUGCUGUGAGAUCUGAGUUUUGGGUGCUGGGGCUCAGAGCCAUUGCUCGCCGCGUUGUUCGUGGCUGUCUGGCGUGCCGUUGGCAGGAUGCCAGGGCCGGUUCGCAGCAGACCGCCCCUCUGCCGCGGGAUAGGGUGUCUCCUGCCCCGCCAUUUUCAGUCACUGGCGUGGACUUCGCAGGGCCACUGUUUUCUGUUGAUUUCCCACGGAAGAAGUUAUACGUUUGUCUAUUUACCUGCGCGGUCACUCGUGCCGUGCAUUUGGAGCUGACCGAAUCGCUGUCGCUGCCGCAUUUCAUGCUGGCGUUCCGCAGGUUUGCUGCUCGGAGAGGUGUGCCGUCCACUGUCUAUUCCGACAACGCGACCACCUUCAAAGGCGCCGACGUUCAGCUUCGCAAGUACUUUGGGCGGCUCUCUCCUUGUUGGAAAUUCAUCGCCCCCCUCUCCCCGUGGUGGGGGGGGGUUGGUGGGAACGUCUGAUACGUUCAGUCAAGGUCGCGCUUCGUAAGUCACUGGGAAAGCGCUGUCUGACGCGCAUUGAAUUGGAAACCGUGCUGAGUGAGGUCGAGGCUUGCAUUAACUCGCGACCACUCACCUUUCAGGGUGACACUCCAGAUUGUCCGGGACCUCUGACGCCAAACCAUUUUUUGACUGGGCGCAGUGUAGGGUUUCAGGCCAGGGCGGCCGAGGAUCCGUCUGCCGUGACUGCGCGGGCGUUGAGUGACAGGGCACGGGUCUGUGAGAUGCGCCUGUCCAAGUUUUGGGCUGCCUGGAGGAAUGAAUACUUGAGGACUCUACCGCCCGCAGUGAGCGGUAAGGGACAGGGUAAGCUAGAGGUGGGCUCACCUGUUCUGGUGCACGAGGAGGGGACCCCCCGGCUUAAGUGGGAUAUGGGGGUGGUUACUCGCGUGUUCCCUGGGAGGGACGGCUUGGUCCGGUCUGCUGAGGUGAGAACCCCUGGUGGUCUGAGAACGAGGUCUGUACAGCGGCUUCAUAACCUUGAAGUCCUUCCAUCCUCUCUUCCUUCACCCGGGUGUCCUGCCUGAGUGCCUCUUGCAGGUCCCUCGCGCACUGCCUCAGUGGUGGGCAUUUUAAAUAUCAAGUCGUGAUACGUUUCAGUGGUGUGUCUGUAUGAAAUGUUUGCACUUUAUUUGAUGUAGGUAGUGAACAUAUGCAUUGUUCACGGCUCUGUUUCUGUUAUUCAUUGGCUCUGCCAAGAGUCGGCGGGAGGGUGUUGAAUAUUGUUCAGUACCGUACCGUAUCGUUUAGCGCCUGUACCGUACAGUGAUUGACCGCUAGCGACAUCUAUUAGUUGGAUUGGGUUGUGCGGAUUGUGGCCGCUGCCGACUGUGGCUCUGUUAGCUGCGACUUUGGUAUGUGGCGCGCGGUGAUUGGCCUUGACCCCGAGCAGCUGUGCCACGCCCGCGCACAGACAGCUGUUUUCGGUUUUGUGUGGCAUUGUGGCUUUUUCUGUUGGCACGGUUGGAGGCGUUUCCCCAAUACAGUGCAUCGGAUUUUUGA